CCGCCGCGCCGCCGCUCGCGCCGCCUCGCCUCCGCCCCCACCGCCGCCCCCUCGCCAGACACGCCGCCGCCCGCCCGCCUGCUCGACCUUCCCAGGGAGCUCCUCGAGCGCGCCCUCUCCCGCUGCGACCCCGCCGACAUCGCUCGCGUCGCGGCCGUCUCGCUACUCUUCCACGCCUCGCUUGCGGAGGAGGGCAUCCGCUUGUGGGCGCAAGAGCGCGGCUUCGAGCUGCCGGCGCAGCCAGAGGGCGAGGGCUGCGCCGUGCGGUGGCUGUGCUGUUCGGCGCUGCUGCGCGAGUCCAACGCGCCGGCGAGGGUGUCAGCAGGCGAACGGCACAGCGUCUUCAUCGACGGCGAGGGGCGGCUCUCGUCGUGCGGGUCAGCGGCAAGGGAGGGCGAGGAGGAGGAGGAUGACGACGACGAGGAAUUUCCAGGCCUUCUCGGCCACGGCGAGGGCCUGGGUGACGAGCGCGCCGUGAGCGUGGCGGCUGGAGCAUACCACAGCCUCGCCCUCACCGCCGACGGAUCUGUGUGGAGCUGGGGCGGUGGAUUCUCUGGCCAGUUGGGCCACGGCGACGAGCAGGACCAGCUGCUGCCCAAGAAGAUCGAGACCUUUGCUGGCCGGCGCGUCGUCGCUGUGUCGGUUGGGCUGUACCACAGCAUCGCCAUCACUGCUGACGGCAGCGCCUGGAGCUGGGGCGAUGGAGACUACGGCCGGCUGGGCCACGGCGACCAGCAGGACCAGCUGCUGCCCAAGCAGGUCGAGGCCUUCGCUGGGCAGCGCGUCGUCGCUGUGUCGGCUGGAGCCCGCCAUAGCCUCGCCACCACGGCCGAUGGCGCCGCUUGGAGCUGGGGCCUUGGAGGCGCUGGCCGGCUGGGCCACGGCGACCAGCAGCGCCAGCUGCUGCCCAAAAGGGUCGAGGCCUUUGCUGGGCGGCGCGUCGUCGCUGUUGCGGCUGGAGGCAUCCACAGCCUCGCCAUCACCGCCGAUGGCGCU